CUCUCUCGCUUCCAUCUUGUUCCCCGCAUGUGUCUGCUGUUAGUGUACAGGUCAGUGAGGAGCUUUAAAUACCUUCUUCCCUGCACUGUUACCCCCCGAUCCGACGGCAAGAGAUGAAAGAGGCAAUUAUGAAUCAAGAAAAACUUGCCAAGCUACAAGCGCAAGUCCGUAUUGGCGGAAAGGGAAGCGCUCGCAGAAAGAAGAAGGUUGUGCACAGAACCGCCACCGCAGAUGACAAGAAGCUCCAGUUCUCCUUAAAGAAGCUGGGUGUGAACAACAUCUCCGGCAUCGAAGAGGUCAACAUGUUUACAAACCAAGGCACGGUCAUCCACUUCAACAACCCCAAAGUGCAGGCCUCCCUGGCCGCCAACACCUUCACCAUCACCGGCCACGCCGAGACCAAGCAGCUGACCGAGAUGCUGCCCGGCAUCCUCAACCAGCUGGGAGCCGACAGCCUGACCAGCCUCCGACGGCUGGCCGAGGCCCUGCCCAAACAGGCUGGCGAUGGAAAAGCGCCGAUUGCAGCGGUAGAAGAGGAAGACGACGACGUUCCAGAUCUGGUGGAGAAUUUCGACGAAGCAUCUAAGGAUGAAGCCAACUAGAGGAAAAGGGAAGCGUCAGAACUUGACAGGACCAUAUGGGGCACUAAAUGUUAGAAUUUCAAUACCAAGAGGUGGGAAAUAAACCGUUUAAACACCUGAGCAGAUGAGUUAAAUGACAACUUUUUGGCUGUGAACACAUAUGUUCAACACCUGAGUAAAUUACUUGCAUACUCUGAACAGAAUUUUUUUUUUUGAGUAAAUUUAUAGAAUAGUAUUAAAACCGGGGUAGCAGUAUUUAGGUGUACGGCAUUUUUAGUACUCAUUCCACCUCUUGUUUGCCAUCAGAUGCUCCAAGUGCUUGUUGUGCUCUUAAUGUCCGGUUAGAGUGAGAGAUUGUGUAAAACGUGGUGCUCGAGGCCACUGCUGUACACCCGUUUCCUCUGUGUUACUGAACCUUAAAUCUGUGGCCUCCCUAAAACCACCAUAUCUGGAAUAAACCUUUGCUACUGUCAAUAAACAGCCAAAUGUGUAAAAAAAAA